AUGAAAGUCUUUUUAUUUGUUAAAUUUAUCCUUUUGGCGGGGCCGAAGGUUGAUUUCCCGUCGCUUUCCCUCCGGAGUUGCGGAGCAGCAGCGGUCCGGGUCCUGCUGCCGUCGGGCGUGCUGCAGCUGGACUCUUUGGGCCGGCCCGUCCACUUAGCCGAACCUGGCCUUAUUUGGUCCAUUCCAACUUCUUCAGAUGUUGGAGUCCGCGCGGCUGUCCAUCCAAAGGCCCCUUCAGUGCCGCUUUCCGCGACCUUCGAGCCGAAUCUGCACUACGGCACUUUGCAGAUGAAGGACGGGACUCUCUUGGACCGGCCGCCCUCCAAGUUUGCCCCCGAAGCCAUUCCAGUCGACCCCUCAGAGGGCGUCAGCCGCAGCGGCGCGCAGCUGGGGGCGCUGCUGAACAGCCUCGGGGGCCGCGGACUCGGCGCUGCGGAGCUGCCGAGCUUCAGUCUUCCACUUUUAAAUCUGAACCUCCCUUGGGCCUUGAAGGUUCACUUCACAAAAGGCCUGCAGAUCCAACAGGCCGCGGCCGCAGUGCCCGCCCCCCCCGAAGACACCUGCGACCGCGACUGUGGAGAGCCCAACUGUAUGUACAGCUCUUACCUGGGGCAGUGCGAGCCCUCCCAAGGGUACACGGGGGGCUACCGGGACUCUGGGGAGUUGAAGGAAAUGGGCCAACAAGGCCGAGAGGCUCUUUCGAAGGCCUGGGGCCUCCCGUGGCCCUGCCUGUCGGACUUCACGCAGAGAUCCUGCACUCAGGACUACUUCGCAGCCCCCUGCCCCCUGGGCUGGCGAAACCUGAUGGACUCAGCGCUGUGCGAAGCUCCCGAAGGCGAGUUUUGA